AUGUGGAAACUUCCACUUCUUCCAAGAAUAGCUCAGUUUUUCUGGAAAUGCCUUCUAGAUAUACUUAAAACCAGAGACAAGUUGGUCUAUGCCAUCCAAGAUGGCAAUUUUGGAUGCCCCUUGUAUUCUCAAACGCUUGAGACAUCUUCUCACGGUAUGUUGCACUGCAAUAUUUCUAGAGCAGUGUGGUUUGUUGUACUUGGCCUUCAAAUUCAAGGAGAUACUAAUUUGGUGGACUGGCUUACCAGCUGGUUUGAUAAACUCUCAGUUAACCAGAUUCAGCAAGAAGACAUCUGCAAAAUAGCUAUAGUAGCUUGGUGUUUAUGGAAUACAAGAUAUGAAAUUGUGUUCAAGGGCUCAAAGAUAUCAGUAGACUCAAUCAUUCACAGAUGCAAGCUAGAGAUUGAGUUACUUCAAAAUAAAACUUCAAAACUUUCUUCACAAACACCUAAACUCUGUAGAAUUAAUCUACACUGGGAUCCCCCUCCUUUAUAUGCUUUUAAAAUAAAUGUUGAUGGCUCUUUCCAAUAUGAUAUUAAAAAUGGUGGCGUUGGACUGAUAGUGCGUGAUUUUGCAGGUACACAUAGGGGAUCCAAAUGCAUCUACUUAGAAACUGCGUGGAGUCCAGAGCAUGUAGAAUGUAAAAGUCUUUGGGAAGCUGUCAAGUGGGCUGAAAAGAUGCAGCUAGUGAAAGUUUAUUUUGAACUGGAUUCACAAAUUGCAGCAGAUGCAGUCAACAAAGAUAGUAUGAACGUGGAUUUGAGGAUUCAAAAUUUGCUCUUGGAUAUCAAAUCUAUCUUCUCUAGAAAUAUUUCUUGGCGAUGCAAUUAUGUACCCAAAGAAAAAAAUAAAAUAGUAGACAUAUUAUCUAAGUUUGCUAGAGUUUCUUACAUUAGUAGUGUAUGGUUAACAUCUAUACCUGAAAGUAUCCUUUAUCAACUUCAGGAAGAUGCAGAAUUUGUAAAUUCUGAAAUUUAA